UUCCGAGGGCAGGGUUGCGCGCUGCCCGCGCGCGGAGGCCCCGCCUCCUCAGCCCCUGAAUCCUCGCUGUCAAACAGCUGCGGGAUCGCCGGCCCGCGCCCAGCAGCCCCAAGGGACCCAGAACCGCUGCACGGGCUGGCACCGCCUGGAGAAGAAACCACUCCGAGAUUGCCCUGAGCGAGUAGAUCUGAAACCCGGUUGGGGCCGACAGGGAAAGGCCGGGGUUGUCUUGUAUGAUCGCUGGAAGCUCCUUCCGCUGUUUUUACCCUGCCUGGAGAAGACGUAGAGAUCGGAGGCUCCCCGAAUACUUUGCGGCCUGAGAAACGGCUCAACUGAGGUGCCGUAAGGCGUGUUCCUGGUUUUGUAUUGUACCAGGGGCGCCACCCGAAUUUUCCAGUUGCACUGUUGCUUGACAGCGAAUUUUGCAUUGCACGCCCCAGCUGCUUGCGCUCUGAAUUUGCUCCUCAGGGAGUGUGCUCAAAGUUGAAACUGUGCAAAGUACAACUCAAAUUCUCAUCAGACUGGGAAGUGAACUUGGGCCUGCCGUGCAUGGCCCAGGAGUGGAAAGGGUGAUGGAUUCCUGAAGUGGAGGCGGUGGUGUGGAGGGGACACCGCCCAUGCUGCCCUGCUUCCAGCUGUUGCGCAUAGGGGGCGGCAGAGGCGGCGAUCUCUACACCUUCCACCCCCCCACCGGGGCUGGCUGCACCUAUCGCUUGGGCUGCCGGGCAGACCUGUGUGAUGUGGCCCUGCGGCCCCAGGAGGAGCCGGGCCUCAUCUCUGGAGUCCACGCCGAGCUGCAUGCUGAGCGCCGGGGCGAUGACUGGAGGGUCAGCCUGGAGGACCAUAGCAGCCAAGGGACCUUGGUCAACAAUGUGCGACUCCCAAGGGGUCACAGGCUGGAGUUGAGUGAUGGUGACCUCCUGACCUUUGGUCCUGAAGGGCCCCCAGGAACCAGUCCCUCUGAGUUCUACUUCAUGUUCCAACAAGUCCGAGUCAAACCUCAGGACUUUGCUGCCAUUACCAUCCCACGGUCCAGGGGAGAAGCGGGGGCUGGGGGUGGUUUCCGGCCCAUGCUGCCCUCCCAGGGGGCUCCACAGCGGCCCCUCAGCACCCUCUCCCCUGCCCCAAAGGCCACGCUGAUCCUCAAUUCCAUCGGCAGCCUCAGCAAGCUCCAGCACCAGCCCCUCACCUUCUCCCGGAGUGGGGGUGGGAGUAAGCCACAGAGCUUGCCCCUUGCCACUCCCCAUGGGGAAGUGGGGACCACCCCGUCUGCCCUACCCACGGCUCCCAGAAACCGGAGGAAGUCUGCCCACCGAGUGUUGGCAGAACUGGAUGAUGAAAGAGGGCCUCCUGAGAGCCCACCAGUCUACUUAGAGCCCAGGAAGAAACUCCGUGGAGAGAAAGCACCACUGACACCCAGUGGAAAUCGUCGCGGGCGUCCUCGGAAGCACCCAGUGAAUGUCCCCAAGGCUCCCCCUGCAGUUGGGGGCGGGGAGCCCUGUGCAGCCCCUCACUGCUGCCUGCCCCAAGAAGAGACAGUGGCCUGGGUUCAGUGUGAUGGUUGUGAUGUUUGGUUCCAUGUGGCCUGUGUUGGCUGCAGCAUCCAGGCUGCCAGGGAAGCAGACUUCCAGUGCCCGGGGUGCCGCAUUGGCACGCAGACCUAAAGCCCAUCACCAUAGCACCAGAGGAUACAGAGCUGGGACUUCUGGGCCAGGGGUGGACACAAUGAAGUAUGAAUGGGUCCUUAAAAAAUGCCCCUUCUUCCCUUCCCUCCCCAGGAGGGAAUGACUCCAGGGAAGAAGUGUCCAUUGCCAUGGAUACUGACUCAGGGCCUGCAACAGGCCCUCCUGGCCAAGGUGACAGAAGAGAGCUGGUUUCCCAUCAAAGAUUUUGCCUCCUGGAAGUUGUUGCCAGUGAGUGGGAAAUACCCAUUGUUACAGGCUGUAGAGGCUUGUUGCCAGGGACACCAGACCGUCUGGGCUCAGAGCAUCCAUCAGUUUGCAGAGGCCAUGCCUGAGAAGAUUGUCUUAAGAUUUGCACAAGUCCUUAAUGUUGAAAACCCACACGGGAUUCUGAGAAAACCUGGGCCAUUGCCCCCCAAAUUCCUUACACUGUGGUUAAUCCUACCUUUGUCCUUGAUCUGACACGGCUUUCAACUUGCCGCUUGUUUCCAAAUAAAGAACAAGCAGCUUCUUUCA